GCUUUAGACACCGCUUGACCUUGACGGCGACGAGUAGGUGACUAGGUGGGGGUAGCAGAGACCCGAGUCCAAUUCCAUUUGAAUAUACCAAUUUUUUUACAUUCCCGUGAGGCAAUCAUUCCAGAUUAAUCAAAAUUAUUCAAAAUCCCAACAGUUUUUACCAUUUCGAUUUCGCCCAGAACAGAGCUGCGAAGGAAAAAUCAUUUUCCAGGUUCCUAUAUUCCCAUAUUCCCACCACAAUCGGAACCCUCUUUCUGAUUUUGUUGCUUCUCGUCUCUUCUUGUUUCAUGGGUUCUCUUUGCUUCUUCUUUCUGAGGCUAAUCUCAAGAGAAUAGUCUGGACGCGUUUCGUUGGGUUUUGGAAGCUUCUGGGCUCUAAUGGGUCUGAGCAGACCCCACAAGGCCACCAAUGGCUUCUCUACCAGAUGGGUUUUUCUAUUUUGCAUUGCUAGCUUCUUCUUCGGUAUUUUUGUUGUUGACAGGUUUUGGGCCGUGCCUGUGCCUGAUCCAGUCGAAACAAAUGAGGAGGCGUCUUUAGAGAAAGUUCAAUCAAAAACCUCUCAGCCUAUUGUUAAUUGUGAGAAGAAGGAAGCUUCCCUACAGGAUGACAUACUUUCUCGGGUAUCAGAGACCCAUGAUGUUAUCAUGACAUUAGACAAAACAAUCUCAUCGUUGGAGGUGCAGCUAGCUGCAGCUAGAGCUUCUCGAGCAAAUAAUGAUGAAGGAUCUCCUAUGGUUACAGAGCCCGGAAUCAAGAAUUUGAAGGAGCGGCCAAAGGUUUUCUUUGUUAUGGGAAUCAUUACGGCCUUCAGCAGCAGAAAGCGAAGAGACUCUAUCAGAGAAACAUGGAUGCCUCAAGGUGAAAAUUUAAGGAAGCUGGAGGUGGAGAAGGGAAUUAUAAUGCGCUUCGUCAUUGGACAUAGUGCAACUCCUGGUGGCGUGUUGGAUCGUGCAGUCGAUGCAGAGGAUGCACAACACAAGGAUUUCCUAAGACUGAACCACAUAGAAGGAUAUCACGAAUUAUCCUCGAAAACCCAAAUAUACUUUUCAACCGCGGUUGCUAAGUGGGAUGCAGAUUUCUUUAUCAAAGUUGACGACGAUGUUCACAUAAAUCUCGGUAUGGUUGGUUCUACUUUGGCUCGUCAUAGAUCGAAGCCUCGCGUUUAUCUUGGUUGCAUGAAGUCGGGGCCAGUCCUUGCCCAAAAAGGGGUUAAGUACCACGAACCUGAAUACUGGAAAUUUGGCGAGGAAGGCAACAAGUACUUUCGACAUGCAACCGGGCAAAUUUAUGCGAUCUCCAAAGAUUUGGCUACCUACAUUUCAGUUAAUAAGCCCAUACUACAUAGAUAUGCAAAUGAAGAUGUUUCUCUGGGUUCAUGGUUCAUUGGUCUUGAUGUGGAACACAUUGAUGAUAGGAACCUCUGCUGUGGCACUCCACUUGACUGUGAGUGGAAGGCUCAAGCAGGGAAUCCUUGUGCUGCAUCAUUUGAUUGGAGUUGCAGUGGCAUUUGCAAAUCAGUGGAGAGAAUGGAGGAGGUACACCAGAGGUGUGGGGAAGGCGAUGAAGCUAUUUGGCAUACCAGUUUUUAGAAGCCCUUUGAAUUUGAUAUCAUUAUUUCUUGUCUUUGUAUAUUUGUAGAAUAUUUGUUUGUACCAUCAACACAAAACUGAUACUCACAAACCCAUGCCCAAUUUUUGCCUAUUUAUUACUUCAUGGCAGUGGGUGUUGAUUAAUUUAAUGGUUUGAAGCUAUUAUUCAAUCA